AUAUAAAGCCCUACCUGGUUGAAGAUGUUUCUGUACUGGAAGAAGCGCGGUGCGUACGAGCUGGAGGCUUUGCCGUCCGCUCUCAGUCAGAUGGUCAGGGAGCGCUACUCCUGGUCUUCCUCCCUGGACGUCAUCCAUGAUCUAUCUGAUGAUAAGCCUGCACCCGAGGAGGACUGGGUGAUGUGCCAGUACCCCGACUGUCCUGACCGCCGGAGGGCCUGCAAGGUCUGCCACCAUCCAGACUGCCAAGACCUGAAUAGCAAGAGCCCACUUCACCUGUGUGAGUCAUGUGACUCACGAUGCCAUUCAGAGAACACAGACAACAUGCACUUUGACCGGCACCCUCGAUUUGACUUACAACCUCAAGCCUCCAUCCUGGCUCGAAACGUGUCCACGCGCUCCUGUCCCCCCCGCACCAGCCCCCCCCCAGAUCUGGAGGAAGAGGAUGAGGGGAGCAACGACCGCGGGGAGCGUAAACCAGUAGGGAUGAAGCUUGGGAAGAAAAAGCCACGGAGACGACACACUGAUGAUCCCAGUAAGGAGUGCUUCAGCCUGAAGUUUGACCUCAACGUGGACAUCAACACAGAAAUCGUACCUGCUAUGAAAAAGAAAACACUGAGGGAGGUUCUGGGCCCGGUGUUUGAGAGGAACGGCAUUGAGCUGUCACGGGUCGACUUGUUCCUGGAUCAGUCCAACACGCCGCUGUCCCUCAACUUCGAGGCCUAUCGCUUUGGAGGACACUACCUCAAAGUUAAAGCAAAGCCGGGGGAUGAGAUGAAGGUGGAGCAGGGAGUGAAAGACCUGCGUUCUCUCAGCCUGCCCAACAUGAAGCCUGCUGGAAGCCAGAGCCCGUACAUCCUCACCCCCGGCACUGAGAAGGUGGCGCACGAGUCCCUGGGACGCCGGGAAAGCAUCGACCUGUUGGGUCAGGCGCGACGGAGGAAGAACAUCACAGAGUUCCUGGGGGAGACCAACAUCCCGACGCCGGACUCUCUGGGGCAGAUGAGUGGCUCCCUGCCCACCGUCGGCGCCGGGCCCGACAGCUGGAAGAACCGGGCCGCCAGCCGCUUCAGCGUCUUGUUCAGCUCCAGUCCCGUAGCCGGGUCCUUCGGCAAGGAGGGAGAUCGCCUGGAGCAGCUCCAGAGCAAGCUCCAAACCUACACCAUGUUCGGGCUGCCCAAGGUGCCGCGGCAGCUGUCCUUCCACCAGGACUCCUGGGAGGAGGAGGAGGAGACCAACCUGGCGCUGGAGGACAGCUGGCGAGAGCUGCUGGACGACCCUGAGACGCUGACGCGGCGACAGUUCCACCAGCAGGAGGCCAUAUGGGAGCUGCUGCACACGGAGGCCACCUACAUCAAGAAACUACGAGUGAUCACUGACCUGUUCCUGUGUGGGCUGCUGAACCUGCAGGAGAGCGGUCUGCUGACGGAGGUGGAGCCGGCCAAGCUGUUCAGCAACAUCCAGGAGCUGGUCCGGCUGCACACGUCCCUGUGGAACCAGGUGAUGCUGCAGGUGCUGGAGAAGGCCCGGGAGGCCCGCGCCCUGCUGGACCCCACACACCUGCACCACGGCUUCAGCACGUUCGGCUCCAGGUUCAAGCCCUACAUCCGCUACUGCAUGGAGGAGGAGGGCUGCAUGGAGUACAUGCGCACGCUUCUCAGGGACAAUGAGCUCUUCAGGACGUACGUCACGUGGGCAGAGACCCAUAAGCAGUGUAACCGGCUGAAACUGGCCGACAUGUUGGCCAAGCCUCACCAGAGACUCACCAAGUAUCCGCUCCUGCUGAAGAGCAUUCUGAAGAAGACAGAGGAGCCGUCGGCCCGCGACAGCGUCAACAGCAUGGUGGGAACGGUGGAGGGCUUCAUCAACAGCGUGGACUCCCAGAUGCAGCAGCGCCAGGACCAGCAGAAACUGGCCACCGUCUCCGCCCGGAUCGACUCCUACGAGGCCGUGGAGGGAAGCAGCGAAGAAGUCGAGAAGAUCCUCAAAGAGUACAACCGCUUCGACCUGAUGGCUCCCAUGAGGGAGACGUCACCGGAGGAGACGCGACAGCUGCAUCUCGAGGGAGCGCUGAGGAUGAAAGAGGGCAAGGACAGCAGGAUGGAGGUCUACUGUUUCCUGUUCACUGACCAGCUUUUAAUUACUAAACCGGUGAAAAGAGUGGAGAAAGUAAAAAUCAUCCGCCAGCCUCUUCUCAUCCACAAUGUUGUCUGUAAGGAGCUCAAAGACCCCGGUUCUUUCACUCUCAUCUACCUCAACGAGUUUAAGAGUGCAGUGGCAGCCUACACUUUCCAAGCCAACAGCGCCACCCAGGGGCGAGGCUGGAUAGAUGCAGUCUGCAACGUCCAGAACCAGCUGCAGAAGCUCCGCACCGAGGAGGCUCUCCGGCAGCAGGACCUGCUCAAGAGCUGUGCGGGCGUCGUGGCGGAGGAGGAGGAGGAAGAUGAGAGCAGCAACUCCAAUACGAGUUCUCCAAUCCUGCGGCACAAGGACCAGCAGAACUCCAGUCAGUCGGACGGUUCCACCGAGACCCUGGCGGUGAUGGAGGUGGAUGAGUCAGGCGACCACCGGCAGCUCGCGGCCUCUGAUCCAAACCUGGAGGUGGACACUGACAACGACCUGCAUCCUGCUGUGGCUCCCCUCUCCGAGAGACCUGAGGUCCAGCCGCCCCCCCACCAGGUCCAGCCCGGCAUCUGUCCCGGCCCCCACCCGGGGCUGGAGCUGGAGGCCGAGGGCCCAGAGGGCUCGGAGCUGGACCCCCAGUGCCGCUCCCUCUCCAUGGACAGCGCCUACGGCACCCUCUCCCCGGAGUGCUUCUCCCAGGACCUGCACCCCCAGCCCGGCCACAGCGAGGGGGAGGAGACGGAGGAGGAGGAGGGAUCCCGGGGGUCGCAGGAGGACGAGGAGCAGCAGCUCCUCCAGGCGGAGAUGGAGGAGGAGGAAGAGGAAGAGGAUGAGGAGGAGGAAGAGGAUGAGGCCUCUCUGGGCUCCCAGCUCUCCGUGGUGCAGCCGUCUAAACCCCGCCGGCGGCCUCACAUCCAUCCACUCCAGUGCCUGCAGAGGCUUUCUUCUCUGACUCUGUCCCGCUCCGAGGACAACCUGCUGCAGCACUUCCACAGUAAACCCCCGCCCUCCGACACGCACGCCCUCAGCUCCGACCAGGAGUCCCGGUGCGGGGACGGGGAAGCGUGCUCGCUGGCUCACAGCAAGAGCCUGACGGAGCUGAACCACAACGGAGAGGACAUGUUUUCCAGGGACGACGACCGGAGCACGAGCCCGGCCGCCCAAGAGCUCGGGGCCGGCGUGGGCGAUCCGGCGGAGGAGGAUGAGGAUGAGGAGGAGGCCCGGUGCCGCCUCAGGCCGCCCGGGCCGGGGGGGCCGUGCGAGGGGGAGGAGGAGAUCCCGAUCCACAGCUCAGACGGGGAGGUGGCUCCAUCCGGCUGCUCGGAGAAGCAGUGCGAGUCGGUGGCGACCUGCAAUUCAGGACAAAGCUCCCCCAAAAAGAGGAAAACUCCAGCCCAGCAGCACAAGAAGCUGACGCUGGCUCAGCUGUACCGGAUACGCACCACUCUGGUCCUCAACUCCACCCUGACGGCAUCGGAGGUAUAACCACUCUUGGAAACCGCUGAGUGGACGUCACGAGGAAACAACACGUGUUUUGAGGAUGGACUGAACUUCCUGACACAGAUGCACUCUCUCUCUCUCUCUCUCUCUCUCGCUCUCGCUCUCUCUCUCUCUUUCUCUCUCUCUCUCUCUCUCUCUCUCUCUCUCUCUCUCAUACUGCCCUCUCUCUUCCCGCUACUUUUUGGACAUUUAUACAUAAAAAAAGUACUUUUUCUCUUUUUUCCCCCCUGACUGUCUGGAUUUCUUGAAAGGAAGGGAGAGGCAGAGAGACAUUAACUGAUUGCACUUUGCAACAGAGGUAGCAUUAAGGGGGCUGGGAGCUGGAACAUGCCGGGGGGGUGGGACUGGUUGUGCUGCCCCUGCAGAGAGGAGACGUCCAGGCAGACGUCCCACAACCUCGUCCCUGCACCCCGUACAGGCGGGGCCAACGCUUCACUUCCUCCCGCUCCCCAGGAGAAACAAGGGGGGACAGUGAAUCAUGAACGUGCUUGUGGCGUAAAAUGGAAAAAAAAGCAAACGCAACAAGGAAAAGCCUCCUGACACUUGUACUACUCCUGGUUCGCUUCCAAGAAAGAAAUAAUUGCACAGUUAUCUUUAAGUAGAAGAAUCACUGAAGAGUGAUUUCAAUCAGACAGUGAUGUUGUUAGUGUACAGAAGUGAGCGUGAAUGGAUGUGUGUGUGCCGUACCCAAAAACCGAUCCCCCCAUGAAUAUGCUAAAGCACCCAAAGAUGGUAGAUCUGUGUAGCUCAUCGGAAAAAAGAGAAAAGAAAAGAAAAGAAAAGGGCAAUGUGGUUCAAUAAUGAAACCCGUCACAUUUCAGUUCCGCCGGACUUCCUUCUUUACAGUUCAUGUCUUAGAUUGUUGAACUAACGACUUAAAAUGGGUGACUAAAGCCGUUUUGAAUUGUUUUCUGCACUACUACAGUUUAUGGCUUGAGGCAAAAAAAAGCGAGAGCGAGUUUAUGGGAAAAGCAAAGUCCCACUUGUCCUGAUGGAAACACGAGGAGGUUGGAGCGAAGUUUGGGGUAGAAUUCUGUGACGAGUGACUGCAGACGAGUGACCAACUUUCUCCAGGAAAUUUAAGUUAAACUGUUCAGAUUGGUGAUUAUUAACCUUACUCCAAACAUUGCUCAAACCAAAUAGGUUAACUGUUUACUUUUAGUUUUUGUUUCUGUCAUAUUUAUUAUGCCUGUUAUGUUUUAUAUAUAAGAUAUUGUUUAUAUUUUUUGCUUUCAUGAUUUGUAAAUGUUUUUUUGUUUCUUUUGUUUUUCUUUUGUCAAUGUAGUCUUAAUAUUUUUUUUUUUUGUCUUGCCAGGCAUUAAUGUGCUAUGAACCAAAAUUAUGUGUUUCCUCUUUCAGGAAUGACUUCAAAGUGUCUUACAAAAUUAAAAAAAAAAA